AUGGCGGCUGUAGAGGGUUCUCCCAUUAAUACGACCUAUCCGGAGCCGGGCGCUGCUCCUCCCCGCACCUACUCCAUACACUCAUAUCGCAUCACGACGCAGAAGCUUCCUAUCCUCAAAGCCGAACCCAUAGAACGCAUGACCAACUCCUUAGGCAUUGCUCCUCCCGAAAUGAUCUUUGGCGACAACUUCGUCGCCAUCGAACACCCACCCUCAAGAUUCGGUAUCAAAUUCGACGCUUAUGGCGCUCUCGAUCGCGUGGACAAGACGGGCGAGAAGCGCUUAAAAGUCAGCUACUCCAAAGAAUGGCAUCAGAGCCGGGAAGACAGUCAUGAUAUCAAGGAGGUCGUGAAGCCGUUCGAUUGGAGCUAUACCACGGACUUCAAGGGCGAGACUUCCCCCGAAGGUCCGCAAUUUGAGCCAACAGAGAAACAAAUACCAAUGGAGCUCCUCAAACGCCCCGACCCUAUCUUGUUCUUUGACGACGUAAUAAUCUACGAGGACGAGCUGGCCGACAAUGGCAUUACUAUGCUGAACGUGAAAGUACGGGUGAUGCCAGCGAGGCUCCUUCUCCUGCAGCGGUUCUUCAUGCGGCUAGACAAUGUGCUGCUGCGCAUCCGGGACACAAGGGUCUAUGUCGACUUCGAGCAGGGUGAGGUGAUCAGGGAGUACUUAGAGAAGGAAGAGAAGUACGAGGUGGUGUGGAACACGCUGGCGAGUAGGAGAGAUGAUGCUGCCGCCGUGUUGCGGGAUGCGAAUCAGGUGGCGGAGCUACUACCCACAGUCGGGAAGGUGUUGGAGAGGUGCGUGCUGCAACGGUGA